AUCAGUGGUACCAAGAACGUCGAGAUUUACCACCAGAAUAAAAUAAUGUAUGUUAAAUGUCGCUAUGUAUGAUAUGAUCAUUUUCUGUUGAAAUAUAUGUUUAUCAAAAGUAAUUUUUGUCUUAUUACUAAUUCGCUUUGCGUAUUAAUACAGUGAAUCUAGGCCGAAAUUUAGUUUGGUUCGCUUGGCCGACGCCAUGUUUGAAGUAAUCCGGUUUGUGGGUUACUAUACACGUAGUUUGGAUUAAAAAAAACAUCUUAACCUUGAAAGUUGAAUAUUAUGAAUAUUCAAUUAUAGUAUCUUUCUCUAUAAUUUGUGUAGAAAGUCGAUACUAAGUGUCAGAUAGUUGUGAUCACAUUUAUAGUGUUUAUAUUCUAUGGCGUUGCAAACUUUACUGUAUGAAAAUCUGGGCCAAGCCCAUUUCUGGACUCGAUAAUCACCAACUAUGUUCUUCAAGUUCAACUUCAAUUUUAAUUUAAGUCAGCUUGGAACUUGCAUGUGAUGGGAAGUGUGAAUCGGUGACUUUUGACUUGUGUCAUGAUUCAUGGCUUUUCUUUGGUGACAGUGGCUGGAUUAAACGUAUUUUCAGGCCUAAGGAAGAUGGCAGCAAAAAUUAAGGGCCUGGUUAGUAAGAAAAAGCGUCGUUAUCAGGAAGAUGGAUUUGACUUAGAUUUAUCUUAUAUUUGUGACAACAUUAUUGCUAUGGGUUAUCCAGCAGAGAAACUUGAAGGCAUCUACCGUAACCAUAUAGAUGAAGUUAUACGGUUUUUAGAAACCAGACACAAAGACCAUUACAAGAUCUACAAUCUAUGCUCUGAAAGAAGUUAUGACACAGGCAAGUUCCAUCAGCGUGUAGCACAGUAUCCUUUCGAUGACCAUAACCCUCCAAGACUUGAACUAAUGAAGCCAUUUUGUGAAGAUGUUGACCGUUGGCUUUCUCGUGAUAAUAAGAAUGUUGCUGCCAUCCAUUGUAAAGCUGGGAAAGGAAGAACAGGAGUUAUGAUUUGUGCCUAUCUGUUACAUAAACAGAUAUGUGCAACUCCAGAAGAAUCUUUAUUUUGUUAUGGACAAGCAAGGACUCAUGACCAGAAGGGGGUUACAAUACCAAGUCAGAGAAGAUACGUAGAAUAUUAUGGUGAGCUAGUCAGGAGGAAUGUAGAGUACAAACCAUUAGCACUUAUUCUGAGAUCAGUGAGACUUGAUCCUGUCCCAUCUUUCACUGGAGGAACAUGUAGUCCAUAUUUUGUAGUUUACCAACUUAAAGUGAAGUUAUACACAUCUCCUGUGAUAGACUUCAAGAAAAGCUCAAAGUUCCUACAUUUUGAGAUUCCUCAGUCAAUACCAGUGUGUGGGGAUAUAAAAAUCGAAUUCUAUAACAAACCAAAAAUGAUGAAAAAAGAAAAGAUGUUUUCAUUUUGGAUUAACACCUUUUUUGCAAAGCCAUUGGAUGAGUCUCCGGUUGGGGUUGUGCAAGCUAAUGGGUUUAUCGAGCAAAACAACACAAAAAGCAACAAUUGGAAUGUUAAAAUGGACCGUGAAAAACAGACUAACAAGCCAGAAAGAGAACCUAGUUCUGUAUCGCUUUCUAAACUUGAAAGGCCAGAAAGGUUUGAAAGAUCAGAGCGUGAGGAAAGUUCCAUUUCAUUGUCAAGAUUACAUGACUACAGUCUUUGCGGAAGAUGCAGAUACAGACACUGGAGUGGAGAUGAAGAAGGAAGGUUUUUUACAAUUACUCUGCCAAAACAUAGUUUGGACAAGGCCAACAAGGACAAAACCCAUAGACUCUUCAGCCAAAAUUUUAAGGUACAACUCUUUUUCAACAAGGUUAAUGAAACCAUGAACAGGUCGCCUUACUUAGACCACAGGGAAUUAUCACCAAGUCAUAGCUUAAGUGAUACUUCUAGUAUUCAAGGUGACACAGAUACAGAAACAGAAGAUGAUGAAGAGGAGGAAUGGGAAGGUUGUGAAGCAUCACAUGUUUAGUAACUCCUCCCACUCGUUCAUUAUGUAGUGUUGCACUAUUCAGUUCAUUAUGUAUAUUGACUGUACAAAGAUGACAUUGUGAGGGCACACCUUUCUGUCAACCAUUUUGGUGUGUAGGCAUUAAGGAUUAUUUCAUUUUUUUUGUGGAAAAACCAUCUACUUUAUUACAUUUUGUCAUCAGAGGUUCAGAAAAUUGUUUUUGUUUCACAGUUUAAUCUUAUAAACUGUAUAUAAUGUUAAAUUACAGAAGAACACUAUUUAAGGAUAAGGACUAGUACCUGAUAAAAUUAAGGUUAAGCUAAAAUUUGGCAAUGUGGUUAGUUUGUUGUUAAGAAAUGUGGAAGUGUAUAUUUAAGAAUAUUAAAAUGGUUUAAAAUAUUUGGGCUGUUUCUGCUACUCGGGUAAGAGUGUGCAGACUCCGCGUGUAUAAUAAAGAAAAUUAUUUUAAUUCUAAGAAUUUUGUAUUAGUGUUUCAAGAAAUGGAUUUUAAUCUAACAUAUUUUGAUGAAAAAGAAGUCCCAGAAUCUCUUGUUUCCAUUACAUAUUGUAAACUUCAAGAUGCAGAAAUAAUUAUGAAUAUUUUUACAGGGUAAGAACAGUUUUUUUUAUUCAUGUAAGUUAAACAGUGACUAAAUGUAGCGACAUAAAUGUAAUGAUAAAAUCAUGAUAAAUUUACAAUUGACACAUCAAUAAGGUAAUAGUUUAUAAUUUAGAAAAUUCAACGUGUUAGUCACUUGUACAUAAGGGUUGGAUAAACAUUUCAAACCAAGUUCAACUAGGUUCUUUAAAAACUGUAAACUUUUUCCCAUGUGUUCAAACAGUAUGAUAAAAGGUAGAUAAUGAAAGCUAUUGAACGUUGUUUUUUAUAUUAUUAUUAGUUUUGUGCUUAUUUGAACUGAAGGAUAAGCAGGGCACUUGCUUUAACAUUAUAUUCAUCAAUUGUGUGCAUACAAAGUUUGUAUUGUGUGGAAAUCAAUCAUUGUGUGUUAUUUGUACGGUAUAAAUCGACUAUAAAUCAGUCUCAGGAGCUUAUUUUGUUAGUAGCUGACUAAAUAUCUUUUAGUGUUUCUUGUGCUGAGGAUUUGAUCUAUCUACAAAACUUUUCUAUAGUGUCAUCAUCAUAUCCAUUGUAUUAUAUAGUAACAAAGGAAGUCCCUUAAAAUUCUUGAAAAUUUGUUAAAAAGCCAUUUUGAAACAUUGAUGAUAUGGUAUGAGAAGUUUGAAAUGAAAUUUAGCUAGGUUCACAUUUAUCUAAAUGUUAAAAUUUACUGCCAGAAAUAUUCAAAUUCAAAUUUUAGAAGUGUAAAAAUAUAAAAAUAAAAUUGUGAGAGUUUAAGUAAAUAUUACCUAUUAUUACACAGUACGAGAAAUUGACUUGUGUUUCUUAGAAAUAUUAUUUAUAUCUUUUCUGCAUAGCUCAUAUGAUAUGAAAGUGUUUCAGUAAUUUUUUAAAAAAGUAAAUUGAUAUAGUAAGUUUUGAUGAAAAGGCAUAUUAGUAUUCAUGUGUCAUUGAGAAACUUUGAAGUGAAAUAGACCUCUAUUUUUAUAAACAUUUUGAACAUUAUAAAAAGAUUAUAAUAGGAAAUGGAUAGAUAUUUUAAAUGUUUCCAUAGUGUAGAAUGGACUGAAUUUUUGUAACUACAUUUUAAACUUAAUACCAUAUUUUUGAUCGGUUUGCGAGGUGAUUGUUUACUACUAAUUUAUUUUCCAUAGUAUAGUUGUUUUCAAACAGUAUCUUAGAAGAAUAUAUUGCAACUUAGUUUGAAACAGAUUUUUCUUUUAACUUGAUAAAAUAAAUUGUCUCAGAAUUUUUCAUGACUCAUGUAAGGUGUACACAGAUCACUUGACAUGUUAGACUGUCUCAGAAUUUUUCAUGACUCAUGUAAGGUGUACACUGAUCACUUGACUUGUUAAACUGUCUCACAAUUUUCAUGACUCAUGUAAGUUGUACACAAAUCAAUUGACUUGUUAAACUGUCUCACAAUUUUUCAUGACUCAUGUAAGUUGUACACAGAUCAAUUGACUUGUUAAACUGUCUCAUAAUUUUUAAUGACUCAUAUAAGUUGUACACAGAUAAAUUGACUUGUUAAACUGUCUCAAUUUUUCAUGCCUGAUGUAAGUUGUACACAGAUCAAUUGACUUGUUAAACUGUCUCGCCAUUUUUCAUGACUCAUGUAAGUUGUACACAGAUCAAUUGACUUGUUAAACUGUCUCGCCAUUUUUCAUGACUCAUGUAAGUUGUACACAGAUCACUUGACUUGUUAAGUGUCUCACAAUUUUUCAUGACUCAUGUAAGUUGUACACAGAUCACUUGACUUGUCUUACUUCCUCUUUUAAAAAUUUCCAAUGAAAUAGUAAGUAUAUUUUUCACUUUUGCAUUUAAGUAUUUUCAUUAGGAAGAAUACAUUUGAAAUAGAGAUUAGGAUACUGUGUUUAAAAAUCACUAUUUUUUUUCUGCAUCUUUUAAGGUGAAAAUCUUAAGUAAUUAACUUUAAUUUAAGAUUUAUGCUAAAAAAAGGCAUUCUUGUUUUUGUUGUACAUUUGUUAUUGUGUGUGUGUGAAAACUACUUACAGUUACAACAUAUAGGCUAGAAAGACCUAACCUAUUUGAUUUACUGUUUUCAUUAGAAGAAGGUGAUCCCAGUGUAAUUAGAAACAUCAGUAAUGUAAUAUAAAAUGGUAGUUGUUAUAAUUCAUUUCAAAAUCAAAUCAGUAUAGUUCACUUUGAGGCUGAUUAAACAUGGUAUAUUUCUGGAUGUCAGAUGCUGAUAUUUUGAUAGGCACACACACAAUUUGUGUAUGGUUUCUUAUACAUAAUAAAAUCCAUUGAAAGUUAAAUAUACAUACAUUGUUGCACUUAUUAUAAAUCUAGUUCCAAAAAUGUUUAAAAAAUUAGUGGUUUAUUCCAUCCUUUUUAUGUGUGUAUUUGAGGAAUCAUGAAAUCCUCUUGGAAAGAGCAUUUUUGGUCCAAAAUAUAUUUAUGAACAUUAAGUAUGAGGUAUUGAAAAUUAUUUGAUAAGACUGUAAAAUAACAUUUUUAGUUGCUAAACCAUUCAUAGUCAAUCAGUAAUUUUUCCUUGCAAGUGAGAAACUUAGGGUAUUACAAAAGUUUUUGUAUCCUGUUUAGAAAUUAUUAGAGAAAUAUUUUCCAUCCCCUCUUGUUUUCAAAGUUUGUACUUCAACCAAAAGAUAUAAAUUGAGUACUCUUAAUGUAAUUUAAAUGUUGUGAACCCAUUGAAACAAACAAACAAAUAAUAACAGUUUCCAAACUUUUUUCUAUCAUAUUCUCAGAAAUGUUUGGUAUCAGUAUUAUAACACUGCCCAUUUUUAACGGAGACUAAUAACGUUUAAAGUACGUGAGAAUUAUCGAACGAAAUGUUCAGUUUCAAGUACAAAUGUCUUGAUUUUAAUGCAAAAUCGUUAUUGAAGUUAAUUUGUACUGCUUUUGUACAUAAGUCAUUUUUGUAGUAUAUGAGAGGUAAUUGUUUUAUAGUGUUUGUGUAGACAUAUCAAUGCAUUUGAUAUAUUUGUAUCUUGUGUGUGUAAAUGUAUAGUGAGCUGUAGAUCUCUAUCAUAUGACUUCAGAAAAUACUGAAAAGUUUUCAUCUUUAAAUAUUCAACAUUGUAAUCCUACCUACGGUUUGGUUACGUAAAGCUUGGUGAUACUUUUAAGAUUUAUUGAUAUGUUCAUGUGAACGCAGUUAACUUAUCAGAACAGUUGAAUCCCAAUUGAAAUGUUCAAGUGACAGAAACUGUGAAUUAGGAGAACUUUUUUUUUAAAAUUUGAAUCAAAGUGCACACUUGCAGUUGUAUAUACAUCGUCAGAUUUAAAUCUUACUGAAUUCCUGUACGUUGUAAAGAAAAUACGAAUAAAACCAUGGAAAUAAGACGUAUCAAAUAUGUGCAAAGAA